GGUUCCAGGAAGCAGGUUUCAUGUGAUGCAGCAGAGGAAUGAGUGUGUGGCGUUAUAGUUUAAUGAAUAGCUGCCUUGUUCCGGUAUGAGGUGAGUCUAAAUAUUAAGUAUGUAGUCUACUUGACUUUUCAAAAUUCGCUCAUGCACCUAUGCGUACUGCUGUACCUUAAACCAUGCUCCAUAUAUAAAGAAAGAAUGAGGAAGCAAAUCGGUGCAUUCAUAUAAAUGUUGGCGACAGUGUUCACUUUGUGCACCUUUCCCUUAAGUUUUAUCAGCAGGUCUAUACUUGCUUUCUUUCUUUCUUUAAAGCCUUAAUGAAUACCAGAAGAAACAUCGCCUUCACAGAGCUGUCAGCACGAUAUAGGAAGGAGUUUUUUUCUGGAAAAUCAAUGUUUGCUGCUGGAAGGCUGAAGUCCAGACUGUAAUGUGGGACAAUUAAAGCUAAUUGGUCUUCCUAUAGAGCUGAGCUGAGGAACUCUGUGUUUACAGGGAUACUUUUACAACUCUUGGUAUUGUGCCAUAAAGACCUAGUAUGACAUGUUGAGGAAAAAGCCCAAGAGAUGAGUGUGCUCUGAGUCAAGUUUAAAUAGUAGUGAUUUUUUCUCUUUGAUUCUUAGGAGUCAUCCAAAUAGUCAUGAGAGCCAAAAAAGAGUCAAAACUGUUAUUUUUUUCCCCCAUAAACUGAUUCAAAUGCCAAGUAACUGCUUCAGUAUGUAUUUUCUAUUUCCCUGGAAUCAAAUUAAACUGUAAUAUUUCUCUUUUUACCUUUAGAGCUCCUUUGCUGGCACAUCUCCUCUUCCUCCCCCUCCUCUCUGCAGGGAGUGAUGUUGCAGGGGGAGACGUGGAGCGGAAACCCAAUAUUGUUCUGAUGAUGGUGGAUGACUUAGGUAUCGGUGAUAUAGGAUGCUACGGUAACAAUACCAUCAGGUAACAACCAAGACACGUUCUUUUCUUCUCCCACCCACUCGAGUAAAGUAUUGAAUUCCAAGGCUUUGCACUUGAUCUACUACUCAUUGAUUAGUCCCUAUAUCUUACUGUGUGGAACUGUGGGGAUCUACCUUUAAAACCAUUAUAAAUUCAAUAAUAAAACUGCACAAACAAGCUAUACGUAUUAUCAGUAAGACUAAUUACUAUGAUCACACAGAGCCACUUUUUCUAAAUUCUCAUGUAAUGAAAUUUUAUGAUCUGUUCUAUUAUAAAAUAAUGCAAAUAAUGUUUAGAGCAAAAUCUAAAAUGCUCCCUGACUCAAUACCGAGGUUCUUUUUAAUUUAGGACAGUCCGUAUAAUCUCAGCGGUGCCUGCAAAUUUACUGUAUAAAAAGCUAAAAAAGGUAUGAAAAGGAGAUGUGUCUCUGUCACUGGAGUUAAAUUCUGGAAUGAUGCCAACAUCAAUCUAAAAACAUGUCAUUCUUUUUUUGGUUUUUAAGAAAAUAGUUUGUAAAGCUGUCAAUAUUGUGUACAAUAUUUGGUGUUGUCAUGACUGACUGAAUAAACAACUUCUACUGCUACUUCUAAUCUCUCCAUUUUCGCUUCCUAAAUCGACCGUGUCUUUUGUCAUCACCCUACCCUGUUUGUGACUUUACAUUUCUGUCACUGUUAAACUUAUUUACUCCCGUUUUCCCGGCAGGACUCCAAAUGUAGAUAAACUAGCCUCUGAAGGAGUAAAGCUGACUCAGCACAUCGCAGCAGCUCCCCUCUGCACUCCUAGCCGAGCUGCCUUCAUGACGGGGCGCUAUGCAGCCCGCUCAGGUAGCAUGCACUCUUCAACCAAUUCAUCUAUGGCAGACAGGAACGUUGUUUUAUGUUGUUUCACAGAUUUUAUUGUUUGAUACCUGUUAUUUUUGAUGCUGCACAGGAUUGGGCAGCACGGGUCGUGUGCAGGUGCUGUUGUUUCUGGGUGGUUCAGGAGGGCUGCCACCAACUGAGACUACAUUUGCAAAGAGGCUGCAGCAGCAAGGAUACACCACUGGUCUUGUGGGUGAGAAAACAGUGGUACAAAAUUCAAAACGUGAUGAAAUCUUCAGUAUAGUGUGCAUGCAUAAAAUGUAGGGGAGAAUUGGGUAAGAUGAGCCUUUUUUCAUAUUUCGGAUCACUACAUCAAGGCAAUCAUAGCUUUGUCUCUAACUAGUGUAUCUGCAUAUAUUGCAAGUUGUUGUGCAUCCCUGCAAACCAACAGAGUGAGUGUAAACAUAACUGUCUUGAUAAUCUAGCAUGCCAAAAAAAAGUGGUCCCCUAUUGUCAACUUAACCAGUGUAUGGGGUAAGUUGACCAUUGAUACAAUAAUUUUUUUUAUUUUCUUACAUAUAACUGCUAAAGAGCUGUUUUGUAAAAAGCCAUUUUAACAUGAGAAUGUCUUUAAGUGAUUCAGAACAUUCACAGCUGUAUCUUUGAAAAGAAAAAGUAACACAUUUCAACAAUCUGAACUGAAACUCUGAUCCUCUCAUCAUAUUCCUUUACUUUCUCAGUUGAGUCACUGACUCAACUUACCCCAGAACUACUUUGAUGACUUUAUUAGUCCUUUAAGCUAAAAUGGUGGACUUUUAUGCUAGGUUUUUGAACACAAUUCUAAUAAAACUUAUGACAGACUAAAUUCACAUUCAAGAAUGAAAAAUGUUUUUUGGAAAUAAAUGUCUAAGCCCUUUACCCAUGUGCUUCUAAUCUUCACAGACUCCAUGAAUUGAUGCCCAUCUCCUAAAUAUUUGGUCACAUGAUCAAUUUCUUUUACCUUUUCCAAGCAACAGGGGGUGGCUCAACUAACCCUUUGGCUCAUCUUACCCCACUCUCCCCUAUCUUAUCUCUAUCCAUCAUUUGCCCACAUGGAUGAGUCAAUGUGGGAAAGCAGAUUUAGUAUAAGCAUAGUAUAACCAAGAGAACAACAUAUGACAGGAGGAAUAAAGAUUUACGAGGCUGAAGAGAGACAAAGGCAUGAGUAGUAAUGGCAUUUGCACAUUUGUAUAUGUAGCAUUUAUAUAAAUUAUAUAUUGGUCUAAAGUAUAUAUAUUGGUAUGGUAUAAAUGCUAAAUCAGUCAUCAUAGCGUGGAAUCUUUUGCUUUAUUCACCGACAUAGUACAUUGUAGCUGCUAAAGAGAGCUAUUAAUAUCAUGUUCUGCCCCUACAAAUCAAUCCCUUAUCAAACUGGACUUUACACACUGGAGACGUGUAAACAAGCAGCUUUGUAAGUUUGGAUGCAGAGCUGCUGAUUAUUUCUAGCUUUGGUCAGGAGUGCGCAUGUGAAAGAGAUCAUUGUCAUAAAAGGAAUUGAUCAUGUGACCAAAUAUUUAGGAGAUGGGCAUCAAUUCAUGGAGUCUGUGAAGGUUACCCCAUACACAGGGUAAGUUGACCAUAGAGGACCACUUUUUUUUGGCAUGCUAGAUUAUCAAGACAGUUAUGUUUACACCCAUUCUGUUGGUUUGCAGGGAUGCACAACAACUUGAAAUAUAUGCAGAUACACUAGUUAGAGACAAAACUAUGAUUGCCUUGAUGUAGUGAUCUGAAAUAUGAAAAAUGGCUCAUCUUACCCCUCUCUCCUCUAAUGGCGGCUUUCAUAGUUUAUAGUUUCCUUCGAGUAGGGCUUGAAGCUGGGUUAGUAUGUCAAUAUGUACACACAGCUAGGUGUGAGUAAACAGAAUGGAAAGUGCUUUUUUCAAAUACUAGCACAUAAACAGACAUAUUUAAAUGUAAUUUGGUGCAUCAUUGGUAGCAAACCAUUUGUUUUUUUAUUUUGUUGAAAUGGAACAAUUUCACGCUGGAAGUCUGACUUGUAUCCAAAUUCCUGUCUCUGCAGGCAAGUGGCAUCUAGGUGUGAACUGUGAGCACAGAGGAGACCACUGCCAUCAUCCAAACCAGCAUGGCUUUAGCUACUACUACGGGCUGCCAUUCACCCUCUUUAAUGACUGUGUGUCCGGAGAAGGGAGCGAUGUCCUGGCAGACCUCCAGCACACGCUCCAAAAUCUGACCAUGAUGCUCGGAGCUGGACUUUUUACACUGGUAAGUGUGAUGUAAUAGAUAAAAGCAUGCCUGACAUAUAAAGAGAGCUAGUAUGAGAGCUUUCUGAGUUGCAAUAUAUCACAACGGACAAUCCUCGUGAGUUGCCCACCAAAAAAAGAAGAAACUGGAAAACAAAGCGUGGCUGUGCCGUUCACCCUAAAGCAGAAUAACUCAUGCGUAAUCACUUUGACAUGAGCCACAGGCUAGAAAAAAGAAAAAAAAACAGAUUGGGAACAGAAGCUGUGAUUGUGAAACUCUGUCAUGUCAGCCAGAAACCUGUUUUAGGGGAUAGCAGAGAAAUGUCGAAACUGAAACACAGUGAGAUUUCCACAAUGGAGCAGUGAAUGGAAACCAGCUGUGCAACAGGUAACACAUACAAAACACACACACUGCACAUUUGUAUGGAAGAGGCAGAAUGAGGCUGGCUGGAUGUGUGUAACUACUGUAAAAUCUCUCACAUGUGGCGUGAAUUUGGGUGGAAGUGUUUCAUUUGUUUCUUCAUGACACCGUAGCAGAAAUACAGUUUUCUGAAGGGGUCGCCAAAUGUUGGAGUCAGUGUGGAUUUCAGGAAGCCAACCGCUGGUAUAUAAUUUGAGAGUGAUAAGACCCUUUUUUGGUAGAGUUUUAUGUGGCACUAAAAACCCUGUUGGACUAAGCUGCCCCUUAAAUUUACUUUAAUUCACUGCAAAAUUCCCUUAAAAAAGACUUUUGGCUUUUUCACUUCUGCUUGUUUAAAGCCCUCGAGAGUUCAUGUUUUUUCUGGAAACUCCCAAAAAUAGAAGUAUGUUGAUUUAGUAAAUGAUCAUUUCUAACACUGAAGAUGAUUUAUUCUUUAGGAUUUUUAGAAAGAUGUGUUCAGUCAUCUCUGGUCUUUUCAUGCUGGUGUCUUUACUCUUGGGAUGCACUUAAUCCCUGUCAAAAUGUAUUUAAUUUAGAAAGACAGCAGAGCAAAGAAAGCUGUUUUUGUCUCAGCAAAUGUAAAAACAUUAGGAAAUGGAAAAUUUCCCCAAAAGAAGAGAGAUCAUAGAGCACCAAAGAGAGAAGUCCAUGACGUAAGAGUUCCCAGCAAGAAGAGAGAAGUCCAUAAAACCAUGUUCAGAUCUGAAUUUAAAGGGAGUACUGUUCCUUGGAGAAAGUAAACAAUGUGCUACUUGUUUCACAAAAUUAACAAGGUCUUUGAAAAUGGUCUGUGAUGCCAUCUAGUGGCAAAUUAAUGUAAUUAUAUCUCAGCUUAACAGUGUAACAGCCGUUAAACAGAUCCUUAGGUUCUGGAAAUCAUAGUGUUGGUACAUGACGAGUGUAUAUGUAUCUUAGUGUAUCUGUAUACUAUAAAGCAGUGUGUUCAUUCGCACAUAUUGUGUGUGUCUACUUUCUAUUUACAGGUGUGUGUCCGUGUGUUUGGUCUCUUUGACAUCAACCUGCGUCUCCUGGUAGCUCUGUUUUCUCUCAGUAUCCUAGCAACCGCAUUGUGGUGUAUCCCUCUUAAAUUCUUAUCAAGAUGGAACUGCAUCCUCAUGAGGAACCAGGAAGUGAUCGAGCAGCCGAUGACAGUGGAGACUGUGCCCCAGAGGCUGCUGGGAGAGGCACAAAACUUUAUAAAGAGGUAGGAAUGAUGUGUGGUUUGAGCUUUUUUUGAAAACUAUUUUCUGGUGAAGAAAACGGAACAACCACAACACACCCCUCCGGGUAACUUCAUGUUUACAGUUUCAUAACAUGCAUGUUUAAAUAACUGUCUGAGUAAGCACACAGUCAAUACGUGUGAAAUUGUGUCAGUUUGGAGUGGUAUUGUUUUUUUUAAUCACAUGAAAGCAGCUGAUGUUUCUUAAAGAGUGUUUGGAAAUAUCAUGAACUCUAAAUUUAAAGCUAGAUUUUGUCAGUAUUGUUGUUCUGUCAGUUUAUUUCAUGACAGUAUUUUAGCGAAGAGCAUCAUUUUUAAUUCUUAACAGAAAAAUGUCAGUCUGUGGUUAAGGAUUGGGGUGUUUGUCUUUUGGACAUGGGUAGAAUGAGUGCAUGAAGGACUGAUUAAAGAAUCAUGUCCUGUUGACAAUAUGAGCAGUCACACAGCCUUUUUCUGUUUUUUCAUCGCUAAGAUGCUGAGGUUUUACAUUUCUUUGUAUUUCUUUCCUCGCCCCUUUUUUUCCUGUCUUUCUCAGAAAUGUGGAUCAGCCAUUCCUCCUCUUUUUCUCAAUGGCUCAUGUUCACGUGCCACUCUUUAAAACCCCGGCUUUUGCUGGCAAAAGCCGCCAUGGUCGCUACGGUGACAACCUUGAAGAAAUGGACUGGAUCAUUGGUUAGUACACUGGCAUGCUUUUUUACACUCGAAACACUGAGUGGAAGGUUAGUUUGAGUGGUUACCAAGUACACAGGAGCAAGUGGUUAUGAAAGAAAGAAUUUCAGAUUGAGUCAAGACCCCGAUCAGAAGCAGAGUUAAACCUGCUCAUUAUCCAGCCACACACUAAAGAUACAAACAAGUCGACACAGACUAUUUAUAUAAGGUAUUAUUUUAUGGAUUGAAUGAUAAUUUAUUUAUGCAGCUGAAAAUAGCUAUUGCCUCUGAUAGCACUUUCAUGGCAAUAGUUUUCUUAUCAGCCUGCUUUCAGGUCAAAUUGACAUUAUACUCAUGAUUUUCUGUCAUUAUACUGCUUUAUUUCUAACAGAUAAAUUGAAAUUGAAAUGAAUUCCAAAUAAAGUAAAUAAAUUUACUUCAAAUGAAUAAAGUUCUUCUUAUUCUGAGAUGCAGAAAACAACAGUUUGUGGCUGUUUUUCUGUAAUUUGGUCAACACCUCUGUCAUUGAGCCCCAUGUGUGCUUUACAGUCCUUUGCUUUUUCUCAUCUUCUUUUCUCUGUUGGUGACUCUUCACCCACAGACCCCCAAUCCAAUGUUAAGUGCCCCCCAAAUAUAUUGAAAAUGAUACCGUCCUCCAUGUUGUUUACUGGUGCUGUUGAAAUUAACAUAUUUGUCACAAUGUCAACAGGAAGAGGUAAAAUCAUGAAGCCCUUAAAUGUGACAAACUUCUUUUCCCAGAAUGGCUUGGUUGACCAGGUUGUUGCUGAGCUUACUGUUGCUAUUCAGAAUUAUAAAACUGUUGUGACAGGGUUUGGACCAAUCAGGAUUAAUUAUUUAACAUGACUGGGUGAUUAGUUAGACAGCCAAGCGUUAAACGGUUAAAACAGCCCCCAGAAAUGACAAUGCUGUCGCAAAAUAAAACAUAGCACAGAAUUGUUCUGUAUCCAUAUAGGAAGUAAGUCAUGAACAUUUCACCGUCACCUUCGUCUUCAAUAGACUUUUUAUCCCUGCAUCAAAUUUAAUACACAUGAAUAUGUCUUUUAGGUCAACUUGUGGAGACUGUGGACUCCCUGGGCUUAGCCAACAACACUCUGAUGUAUUUUACAUCUGAUCACGGUGGACACCUGGAGGAUUCUGAUUCAAAAAUUGGCCAGAAAGGAGGCUGGAAUGGUAUCUAUAAAGGUACACCAUUUUUGUUUGUUUUGUUCUGUUGUAAAUGAUUCUAACCUAGUAGUAAAUUUUGAUGCAACUGUUGUAGUUGAAGAUUUCCCCUGAGUUUUCGAUUUGUAAAAUAACUGACGUGAAAACUGUUCCCAGCAGCAUUUUAGGACAGUAGUGUGAGUGACUAUUUGGGUCUAUAGGUCAAAUGACCGCUAUAAGGAGUGUUUGUACUGCAUUUACUGCAAUAAUAGAGGUAUUUAUGUUGUGUAAUAUCUGACCUAUAGGUGGGAAAGCUAUGGGUGGCUGGGAGGGCGGGAUCAGGGUGCCUGGUAUUUUCCGCUGGCCUGGCAAGCUGCCAGCAGGUCGAGUUGUGGAAGAACCCACCAGCCUCAUGGACCUGUAUCCAACACUGAAAUAUUUGGCCAAGGACACACAACCUGAUAGGUAAGCACUCACGUAUGUGUUCAUGCUUGUACGCUGUAAACUCUUUACGCAGUUUUAUCCUCAGAAAGGUUGAAACAUUUCUGUAUUUCUAUAAAACAAUCAGGAGAGGAGAAAGUGCCAUAAAAUAACUACAAACCUGCACACAAUCAAGUGUUUUGUAGCCAGAUGGUAACUCUUGAUUUUAUGCUGGAAACAAAUGAAGCCAAUUAAGAAAGCAGUGUGGUGAACAUAAACAACUUAUCCUCUAAUUUUUCAUCCUGACAUAAUAAGCCUGUGUUCUGCUUUGUCUGAGAUCAUUAUGUUUCUUAAUACAGUAGUGAUAAUAUGAUGGUAACACUGUGAGAUAGUUUAUCAUGCACUGAAAGGUCAUAAUCUACUGUAUUAAUGUUGCUUUUCUUAAUUUUUAGGCUUUUUUAUCCUCUUUCUUUUUCUGACUUGUACAUUUCUCCCAGACUGUUAGACGGCCAUAACCUCAUGCCGCUGUUGGAGGGGAAAGCAGAGCGAUCAGAGCAUGAGUUCAUGUUCCACUACUGUGGGAUCUACCUGAAUGCAGUACGCUGGCACCCACCUGAAAGUAAGUUCACACAUGUUGACACUAAGGGGCGUCAAACUACUACUUUGGAGUGUUUUUGACAAAAUAACUACAAGGGUUAAGGGGUUAUGUCUGAGAGCUGCAUCUAAAAGUUGACAUGUCCCCUUUAGCCAUUGUCAGAUCAGGUACCCAGUAUUACCACGCAUCAUUUAUAAAUCCAUGUCAUAGUUUUAUGAAGACCUUUCAGUGAAACUAGGGGACCACCUCCAAAACCCUGAAAACAGCUCCUUGUGUUCCUGUAGCUACUGUUCUCUGGGCGUCCACCAAACACAGAUUUGACUGUUAGUGCCAGACAGUGAAGUCCUCCACAUUAAGUUUCUUUAUUUGUCUUACUUUAUUUCUUCAUUCCUGCCCUCUUUCCCUCCCUCCUUCCUUUCCUCCCUCCUUCCUUCCUUCCUUCCGUCCUUUCUGUUUUUGUCUUCCUUCCUUCCUUACUUACUUCAUUUCUUCUUUUCUGUCUUCCCUCCUUUCUUCCUUCCUUCUUUGCUCCCUCUCUCCCUUCUUUCUUUUGUCUUUCUUUCAGCAUAUCUUCCUUCUUUUCUUCCUUUCUUCCCUUCCUUCUUCUUUUUUCUUUCCUCCCUUCCUUCAUAUAUUCCCUCCUUCCUUUUUUAUCUAUACCUUUUGUCUUUCCCUUCUUUUUAUCCUUUCACCUCUCUGUCUUCCUUCCUUCCUUCCUUUUAUCCUCCUCUUAUUUCUUUCCUUCCACCCUUCUGUCUUCCUUCCUUUCUCCCUUUCUUUCCUUUCCUUCUUUUUGUCAUUCAUUAUAUCAGUCUUCAUCCCUUCUUUCUUUCUAAUUCCUUUAUUUAUGUCCUUACUUCCUUCUUUUUUCUAUUAUCCUUCCUUCCUUUAUUUCCUUUCAUUCUUUUUUCUUUUCUUUCUUUUCCAUUUUUCUCUUUUUUCCUCUUUCCUGUUUGCCUUCAUUCCUUUUCCUCCUUUCUUUCCUCAUUACUUCCUUUCUUUUCUCCUGUAUGUUCUCCUUUUUUCCCUGCUUACCUUUUUUCUGUCUUCCCUCCUUCCUUCUUUCUUUCCUUCCUUCCUCCCUUUGUUCCAUCCUUUUGCCUCAGUGAUUGCAGAUUUAGAGUCCCCACAUGCCCCAAAACAUUCUGUUUUUUUGCACACGCUCCAAAAUGGUCUCAGACCCCACCCAGUUUCCAGUUUUCAAACAUUCACCCUGCCACUUACGUAUCUGAUUUCUGUCAGGUUUAGUAGAUAGUUUUAUUUGGUGAACCAGCACAUUAUCUGGCAGAAUGAAGUUAUAAGAAAAGUCCAACAGAUGAAUCUAUACCAUAAAGACUCAUUAUCAGUUCAGCACCACAUCACCAAGUGUUUCAGUCAUUUAACAUUAAACACCCUCAGCAAAGGCAGACCCCCAACAGGCUGAUCAGACCUGGGUUUUGUGUCUCAUGGUUGUUUUUCACUCUCGUCAGUCCAGACAGGCUUGCCCUUCUCCAGCCACAGCCAGUGACUGCACUUUAGUCAGGGCAUCAGAUGUUUUCCAUUGAGCCUGACCUCUAAAUCCUAGCUCCACCAGGAGCCUUAUGAUGGAAGUGGCAAAACUGUGCCUCCACCCACCUCCACUGGAGGCACAUCAGCAAUCCAACCAGAGGAUCAGAUAGUUGUGUCAAGUUGGUUGAUACGGUUUCAGAUGGAAAUAUGAGUCUGUGAUCCAAGUCAGCUCACAUUCCUCAGUCCCUGGCUCUGAGCAGUGGACUUGAGAGGACCCACGCUUCUCUUCCUCUGUGUCCAAGUUUGGGAACUUGUUUUGAGAGACACAGCAUUCAAGGCUCUUCACUGUCUCAAGUUCAGCUGCUAAGCACUUCAGUACUUUGUAGUGCUGCCAGGUGUGUCUUCCUUGUGUCACUCUGGUCCUAAAACUUACCAAAAUGGGAUUGAGAGUUGCAGAGACAGAAAAUAGUGGACAAGCUGGAUCCCGUCCCAGCCAGAGAUUUACCUGGCAAGUGAGGGGAGAACGUCAUAUGUGGCCUUGAUUAUGAAGCUCAGCAUGUUUGACUCCAUGCUUCACAGCUCUGUUCGUGUGUCCUUCCUCCUCUCUGCUGCAUCCCUCUUCAGCCAGCAGCAUUGUUUGGCUUGGGAUGUGGCUCUGGCACACCUGUCUGCCUCUUCUCGACAAUGCACCUCUCCCAGCACCAAGAGCUGGCAUCCAGAUGGUGUAGCCUUUUGCCAAGAAGGUCUUGUAUCUUCCAGGCCAAAUCCCCUUCUGGCCCACAAUGCCCUGGUGCUGAAUGAGAGACUUUGCUUCUGCCACAUGUAGCAGCUGGGGUCCACUUCGUCUCUUGGAGAAACCCCUCUAUCAUGCUGAAACCUACAAAAAAAUCCUCUUGCACCAAUUUCCUAAACCUAAUUUCAUGAAUUUGAUUGCCUGUGUGCAAAUUUGGAUGAACUUGUCCUCCAGCUUUUGUUCGAUCAGGUCCAACGUCCUGCAGUGUGUUGUUGACAGUUAUCGGGCUUUGAUGUUUCAGGAAGUCCUUAUAACUCAGUCAUACAAUAUCACUUUGAUAUUUCAAGGUCUGCGCCUUAGUAUGUUUAUGUGCCCAUUUAUCUACUGCAAUCAUAGCGCCACCCUGUGGAAAUACAGGCCAUUCACUUUCAUAUACUGUAUCUGUUUCCUUCAAGUAUCACAGGUUUGAUGAUGGCACAGCCUGGCACAGCUUUUUUUAUCACAGCAGUAGUUCCACCUAUUGGACAUGAGCAGUUAGACUCUAGUGUGCACCUUUUGACACUUUUGUGAUGCACUGUCAUGAAGAUUUCUUCAAAUGUCCUUUCUGUAUCACAACCAUGUUUUAAGUUAAUGAGCCUUUAUGGAUUCUUUAAGUCUCAAUUUAUGUAUUAGUGGCUACACAACAAACAUGUCCACUGUAUUUACUUGUGUGAAUGAAUUCCAACCACUUAAAAAAAAAAAAAAAUACAAAUACAUUUUUUCAAUAUGAAUUUUUUAUUUUUUUAAUGUCAGAAUCAAGAACCAGACUGUUAGCUGUACAUUUGACAAGAGAGGAUACCAAAAUAUUUUACAUUAAUCACCUUUAUUUCAAGUGCCUUGAAAAAGUACCCACACCCCUUGAACUUUUUCACAUUUUGUCACUCUACAACCACAAACUUAAAAGUAUCUUGUUGAGAUUUUUUGUCAUAGACCAACACAAAUUAGCACAUAAUUGUGAAGUGGAACAAAAAUGACACGUGGUUUUGAAAAAUGUAAACUAAUACAAAUCUGAAAAGUGUGGUGUGUAUUUGUAUUCAGGCCCCCUGUACUCUGAUACCCCUAAAUAAAAUGCAGUGCAAUCAAUUGCCUUAAGAAGUCACCUAAUUAGUUAAUAGAGUCCACCUGUGUGUAAUUUAGUAUCAGCAUAAACACAACUGUUCUGUGAAGGCCUCAGUGCUUUGUUAGUGAACACUAGUCAACAAAGAGCAUCAUGAAGACCAAGGAACUCACCAGACAGGUCAGGGGAAAAGUUGUGGAGAAGUUUAUAGCAGGGUUAGGUUAUAAAAAUCAAUAAAAUACUUUUAAGUUUGUGGUUGUAGAGUGACAAAAUUUGAAAAAUUUCAAGGGGUAUGAAUACUUUUUUAAGGCACUGGAAAACAGAAUCGGGAGAGAAAAACAGUGAGUGUGAAUGCUGUAGGGUUUUUAUAUUCCUUUAUAGCUAAGAGGUUAAAUUACUAAAACAUAGUCUUAUGUGUUGUCUAUUUAGAAAUAAGCUGGGUAUGUCGAUGUACUGGUACGUGAUGAUUUGUAAGGGUUUCUUGUCCUAUUACUUUAUUACUUAGAGUGUUUUAAAUAUUCACAGAUAGAUCCACUUUCCAUUUUAAGCCAGUUCUUGUACCUUAACAAGUUAAAAUCUUUUAUUAAUGACCUCUUUCUCUCAGCACAGUAGCUCUGAAAAUAAAAAAUUAAAAAAAGAAGCGGUUUAGCCUGAAAAAAUCUAACACUAUGUUCUAUUAACCUUUCCUGAUGUGGUUUUCUACCCAGGUGACUCCAUCUAUAAGGCGCACUUUUUCACCCCCAACUUUUCUCCUCCUGGGGCUGGUGGAUGCUACGACACUAAGGUCUGUCUGUGCCAUGGGGAAUAUGUAACACACCACAACCCACCUCUCCUGUACGACCUUUUCCACGACCCCUCUGAGUCUCGCCCGCUGACCCCUGAUACUGAGCCAAGAUACACAGAAAUCCUUGAACAGACUGUAAAAGCUGUAAAGAGCCAUAGAAACACGUUCACUAAUAUACAGGAGUCUGAUGCUGCUUUUUUAAAGUCCAGCACAGACGCUCCCAGUGUUCAGAGCCAGAUGACGUGGGAUAAGAUUCUGUGGAGACCCUGGCUGCAGCCAUGCUGUGGGACUUUUCCAUUCUGUGGCUGCAAAGAGGACAUGACAAAUAUUUAAUGGAAAAAGCCGCCAGACUGUCUUUAAAAGUUUAAAAAACAGCCUGGGCUUGGUGAAGCUCCUUUUGAAUCCACAGCAGGGUUAUCACAUUGUCAUUAAUAAUACACUACUGCCCUUUUCACAGUUCAGGGUGCGUUCAAGAGCUUUUUACAUUAUAAGGAUUAGACUCUCUAAGGUUAGGGCUGCACUAAUAGCGUAAAAACCUCAUCUGCAGACUCUUUUAGUGCAUUUUCAACAAGUUAUUUGCCUCAUCUGAGAAACCUUCUUUAACCUAAAUUAAUUUGCACAAUAUAAUGACUUACACUCACCGUCCACUUUAUUAGGUACACCAUGCUAGUAACGGGUUGGACCCCCUUUUGCCUUCUGAACUGCCUCAAUUCUUCGUGGCAUAGGUUCAACAAGGUGCUGGAACCAUUCCUCAGAGAGCUUGGUCCAUAUUGACAUGAUGGCGUCACACAGUUGCGGCAGAUUUGUCGGCUGCACAUCCAUGAUGCGAAUCUCCCGUUCCACCACAUCCCAAAGAUGCUCUAUUGGAUUGAGAUCUGGUGACUGUGGAGGCCAUUUGAGUACAGUGAACUCUUUGUCAUGUUCAAGAAACCAGUCUGAGAUGAUUCCAGCUUUAUGACAUGGCGCAUUAUCCUGCUGAAAGUAGCCAUCAGAAGUUGGGUACAUUGUGGUCAUAAAGGGAUGGACAUGGUCAGCAACAAUACUCAGGUAGGCUGUGGCGUUGCAACGAUGCUCAAUUGGUACCAAGGGGCCCAAAGAGUGCCAAGAAAAUAUUCCCCACACCAUGACACCACCACCACCAGCCUGAACCGUUGAUACAAGGCAGGAUGGAUCCAUGCUUUCAUGUUGUUGACGCCAAAUUCUGACCCUACCAUCCGAAUGUCGCAGCAGAAAUCGAGACUCAUCAGACCAGGCAACGUUUUUCCAAUCUUCUAUUGUCCAAUUUCGAUGAGCUUGUGCAAAUUGUAGCCUCAGUUUCCUGUUCUUAGCUGAAAGGAGUGGCACCCGGCGUGGUCUUCUGCUGCUGUAGCCCAUCUGCCUCAAAGUUCGACGUACUGUGCGUUCAGAGAUGCUCUUCUGCCUACCUUGGUUGUAACAGGUGGUUAUUUGAGUCACUGUUGCCUUUCUAUCAGCUCGAACCAGUCUGGCCAUUCUCCUCUGACCUCUGGCAUCAACAAGGCAUUUCCGCCCACAGAACUGCCGCUCACUGGAUAUUUUUUCUUUUUCGGACCAUUCUCUGUAAACCCUAGAGAUGGUUGUGCGUGAAAAUCCCAGUAGAUCAGCAGUUUCUGAAAUACUCAGACCAGCCCUUCUGGCACCAACAACCAUGCCACGUUCAAAGUCACUCAAAUCACCUUUCUUCCCCAUACUGAUGCUCGGUUUGAACUGCAGGAGAUUGUCUUGACCAUGUCUACAUGCCUAAAUGCACUAAGUUGCCGCCAUGUGAUUGGCUGAUUAGAAAUUAAGUGUUAACGAGCAGUUGGACAGGUGUACCUAAUAAAGUGGCCGGUGACUUAUGUUGACUCUACAAAUGAAGUGAAACUCAAAGACUUGAAUUUCUGUAAAACUGAAGUUUAAAAAAAUAUGUUUUUUGCGUAAAUUUUGGUCACUUUUAAGGCACUUUGAGGACUUUUAACUGAUUAUGUUCAGCGUGACUCUUACACUGAUGCAUCUUUAUGACCUACAUGGUAAAAUUAGAUCAACUGCAACACAGUUACAAAGUUUUGUGAAUUUGCUACGAUAAUAAUACGGUGUAGCUUCAAUUCAACACAUUUCUUCAACUAUCUCUUACCUUGAAAGAAAAGUAGUAUUAUAAGGAGAUUAUGUGUUCCUUUAUUUGCUUUUACAACAAACAAACACUUUGGCCAAAGCCUGAUCUCUUCAACCAUGGGAGGUGGUGCUCAUGCAGAAAUGCUGCCUUCGUGAAUGAACACUACAUGAGAGUUCCUCAGAGUGCCUGUAAUAAAUGGAAAUAUUAAUGUAAUAGAUGAAAAGAGAUUGAACAAAGCACUUUACAUGUCAGUACAUUUUACACUGGAACAAACACUUGCUGCAAAGCCAAAAGACGGUGAUUCUGCACUCAAAUGUAGAUAAAUUCUUGUUUUCAUGAGGAUUUCUCGUCAUGUGAAGGACCUUUUUAAGUCAUUGCCUUUUUAUAUCCAGGAACAAAACCAAAAAUCUUAAUUUUUAUACAUUUCAAAAUAAACUUUUUUUUUGCAAUUCUG